AUGAGCACGUGCGCGGCCUGCAGGAACACACGGAGUGAUGACGUCACGUUCCACAGGUUCCCUCAGGUGGAGGAGCAGCGUGAUCAGUGGAUCUUCAGCAUGGGGAGAUAUGAGGGAUGGACGCCGUCAGAGACGUCGGCUCUGUGCUCGGAACAUUUCACCCCGGAGUGCUUCCAUCCUUCAGGACUGUUACAGCCGGACGCCAUUCCCACCGUCUUCAACUCACCGGUAAAAGAAGCAGAUGUUGUAGAAGAACCAGAACAUCUAAACAGUAAGAAGGAAACAUCAGCUCCACCCUCGACCAGCACCGGACCUCCAUGUGACUGUGAAAAACGUAUCGCAGUAAUGGAAAAGUCCUACAGGUUAAAGCUCCUCACGCUCCAGCUCCAGGUGAAGAAGUACCAGAUAGAGCUGAGCGACCAGUCCCGCCAAGUGGUGAAGCUGAGGAGGAAGGUGAUGGUCCUGCAAUCUGCAGCCAAGGUCCUGAGCAUGAGGACAUCAUCUACACCCAAAAUAUCUGCACACACCCCUACUGAGCACGUCUGA